GAACCUGGCAGAACAUUUCCCCGCUGCCUGCCUCGCUCCCAGGCACCGGGUAAACAGGGAAGCAGCAGCUCGGUGGCGCCACCCAGCGCCCCCCCCCCUUCCGAGCCCGGACGGAUCCCCCCUCCCCGCAGAGCUCACCGCAGCGACUUCCCUGAAGGAUGAGGCUUCAGUGCCUGUUCAUCGCCUGCCUCUUCGUUGCACCCGCGGUUCUCGCUGAGGCUAGGACAUUUUUAUCACAGCAUCAUGCCUCAGAGUUCCUGGUCCGAAAACGUCGGUCAAAUUCCUUUAUGGAAGAAAGUAAGAAGGGAAAUCUGGAGCGGGAGUGCAUUGAAGAAUUGUGCAAUAAGGAAGAAGCCAGAGAAGUCUUUGAAAAUAACCCUGAAACUGAGUAUUUCUAUCCCAGAUAUUUAGACUGCCUGGCCUCUCACCGAGCAGGACUUUUCAGGACAAUUCCAGUGACUUCUUCAGAUGUUCCAGUGGACCUAAGGUCUUGUGUGAAGGCAAUUUCAGAUCAAUGUAUUCCUCUUCCAUGCAAUGAAGAUGGUUAUAAAGAAUGCAGAGAUGGCCAAGCCACGUUUACCUGCCUCUGUAAGCCAGGAUGGCAUGGACAGAAGUGUGAAGAAGAUAUAAAUGAAUGUGAGGAUCCAGUAAAUAGAAAUGGAGGGUGCAGUCAAAUUUGUAUUAAUUUUCCUGGGAGCUAUCGCUGUUCCUGUGAAGAUGGUUACUUUAUGCUUCCGAAUAAACUGAACUGCAGGGACAGGAAUGAAUGCAUGUUAAACCAGAACAUUUGUGGGACAGCACAAUGCAAGAAUAUUCCUGGGAAGUACGAAUGUGAAUGUGCAGAAGGCUAUGCCUAUAAUUCAACUACAAAGAAAUGUGAAGAUGUGGAUGAAUGUGCCGAAAACAUUUGUUCUCAAAUGUGUAUCAACUCUCCAGGAAGCUACACGUGCUAUUGUGAUGGCAAGAAAGGCUUCAAGCUUGCUAAAGACAUGAAAACUUGUGAGCCUGUACAAGAGUGUCUCACACUGAAUCUUGAAACAAAUUAUGAAUUGCUUUACCUGGCAGAGAAAUUUAUAGGGAUUCCUGUUUUGUAUUUAAGGUUUAGACUGCCAGAAGUUACAAGAUUUUCGGCUGAAUUUGAUUUUCGGACCUAUGAUAAUGAAGGUGUUAUAUUGUAUGCUGAAUCUCCUGACUACACAGCAUGGAUUUUGCUUGCACUUCGUGAUGGGAAGAUUGAAAUUCAGUUCAAGAAUGAAGUAGUAACCAAAGUAACAACUGGUGGCAAAGCCAUUAAUGAUGGCUCAUGGCACAUAAUCUCAGUGGAGGAGCUAGAACACAGUAUCACUGUCAAAAUAGCCAAAGAAGCAGUGAUGAAUAUUAACAGCCCAAGAAACCUUUUUAAGCCAUCCAAUGGCUUUCUGGAGACAAAGGUGUACAUUGCAGGUCUGCCUCGCAAAGUGGACAACACUCUCAUUAAACUGAUUAAUCCCCGUCUAGAUGGAUGCAUUCGGGCCUGGAACCUGAUGAAUCAAGGGAAUUCUGGUGUGAAAGAAGUCAUCCAAGAGAAACAAAGUAAACACUGUUUGGUAGCUGUUAGAAAGGGGUCUUACUACCCUGGUACUGGAGUGGCAAAGUUUCAAGUUAGCUACAAUAACAGCCUCGCUGAUACGGAGGAUUGGUUGAUAAAUGUCACCCUGACCAUCCGUCCAUCUACAAGCACCGGCGUGAUGCUUGCGUUGGUUUCUGGGGAGACCGUGCCUCUUGCUUUAUCGAUAGUGGAGUCCAACUCAUCAAACUCCCAGGAACUCAUUGCAUCUAUUGAGAAUGUCAUUGUUGCCCGUUUGGAAUCAAAGAGGUUGUGUACCAGGAGAAGAGUGCUGGUGGGACUCAGAGUCAGCAGGCAGCUGCUUGAACUUACAGCUGAUUCACAUUCAGAUAUCACCCACUUAGAUCAACAGUUUGCUGCCUUGGACCAAGCAAUGAGGAGACCCAUUGAUACCUAUUCCUGGUAA